CUUGCUGUGGUAGCAGGAGUGCCGACGAGCAACCGCGAGACCUUCAAGGCCUUUGUGCAUCACGCGAACACCGAGACACCGGCGCGCAGCAACCCCUGGUGAAAGUACUACGACGUAAACGAAUCCGAGUUUUGGGCGGUUCAUUACCGCGGAAGAUAUCGAGGCUGUCAAUCAGAAAACACCAUGAAGAUCAAAGCUCUCAGUCGGAGCAUUACGGCUCAGCAGGCCCCCGGGUCAGACGUCCAGCGCGCCCCGCGAAACCUCGCCCCGGAACUCCACCCUUUUGAACGAGCUCGAGAAUACCAGAGAGCUCUCAAUGCGGUUAAAUUGGAGCGCAUGUUCGCCAAGCCCUUCCUCGGCCAGUUGGGCAGCGGCCAUGUUCAGGGUAUCUACAGCAUGUGCAAAGACAAGAACUCCCUGACCACGGUAGCUUCGGGGUCGGGCGACGGAGUGGUAAAAGUCUGGGACCUCACAACUCGCGACGAUGAGACCUGGCGGAUGGCUGCGCACUCAAACAUCGUCAAGGGCCUGACGUUCACCAACGACAAGAAGCUGCUAUCCUGCGCUACGGACGGCAUCAAGCUAUGGGAUCCUUACAAUACACCAAGCGACACCACGCCGAUUGCGACAUGGCAAGAAGGCGGGCCGUAUACAUCACUGUCAGUCCACAGAGCAGGCAAGGCCUUCGCUGCCUCAUCUGGCGCCGGGUGCAUCCGCGUCUGGGAUCUGGAGCAGAGCACGGCCGCGCAGACAAUACAGUGGCCAAACUUCACCGACACCAUCACGGACGUCUGUUUCAACCAGGUCGAGACAUCUGUCAUCGGGUCUGUGGCCACGGAUCGAUCUAUUAUCCUCUUCGACCUGCGGACGAACAUGCCCGUGAUCAAGACGGUGCUCCAGUUCGCCGCCAACCGCAUUGUAUUCAACCCAAUGGAAGCCAUGAACCUGGCUGUCGCAUCAGAAGAUCACAACAUCUACAUCUUCGACGCUAGGAAUUUUGACAGGGCGCAGAACAUCCAGAAGGGCCACGUUGCCGCAGUGAUGGAUGUCGAGUUUUCUCCUACCGGCGAGGAGCUGGUCAGCGGUUCAUAUGACCGCACCAUCAGGAUCUGGCGCCGGGACCAAGGUCACUCCCGUGACAUCUACCACACCAAGCGGAUGCAGAGGGUAUUCCGGACGCUCUGGACCAUGGACUCCAAGUACAUCCUCAGCGGAAGCGACGACGGCAACGUCCGCCUGUGGCGCGCCAACGCGUCGGAGCGCAGCGGCGUCAAGUCGACCAAGCAGCGGCAGGCGCUCGAGUACAACAGCGCGCUGCUGGAUCGCUACUCGCACCUGCCCGAGAUCCGGCGCAUCCGGCGGCACCGCCACCUGCCCAAGGUGGUCAAGAAGGCGAGCGAGAUCAAGCGCGAGGAGCUGGCGGCCAUCAAGCGGCGCGAGGAGAACGAGCGCAAGCACUCCAACAAGAAGUUCCAGAAGCGCAAGAGCGAGCGGGAGAAGGCGGUUCUGGUCAAGCAGCAAUAACCGCAAACGCAGCAAACGCAUUUGGCUUUGCGGCCAUUUUUUUUCUCCUGGCAUUUUGGCGGCGUUGAGGCGUGCGUUAUGGGAGGGGAGACGGGAUCUGAUACCAUCCGUGUCUGGCGUUGUCAGCAUAUAGAUGAAAAAAAGAGCACAGGGCAUGUU